AUGCUGCAAGGAUGCCGAAUGGGCCGUGGCGAUUCCGGCAAAGCCAUCCCGAAUCUCCUGUAUUACCGGUGGGACCAAGCUAGCCUUCAUGGCAUCAACAGCAGCUGUGAGGGCUGCCUGAAACCCAACCUGCAUACCCAUGCCCUUGACCGCCUUGCUACGCGGAUUCCCGAUGGCGUUAGUACACCCAAUGCAACUCCAGUGCAGGGAAGCCAUCCGUUUCACUUCAUCGAUGACCGAUAUAGGCACCUUAGUGCACACCAGAUGAUGCCGCUGCAGAUGAACGUCGAAGCAGCCACAAAUAAAAGCCAAAUAUAUCGCGAACACGGUGGUUUUCGUCAGGAACACGAUGGCAGGGUCACGAGACUACACUUAUGGACACACUAAAACUGGUGUUGAUUAGAGCAAAACCAGAUUACACCAAUAAAAUAGCGGAUAAAUGCGGAGCGAUAGCAGUA